AUGGCGAUGGUGGAUAAACAGGGGUGGUUUCUUAUGUCUAAACCGCAUGCUCUAGUGUCCAAAAUAUUCAAAGCAAGGUAUUUUCCUAAAACAUCUUACUUUGAUGCUUCUCUUGGAUAUAAUCCAAGCUUUGUUUGGAGGCGAUUUUGGAAAGCUAGAGAAGUCCUAACGUUAGGCUGCAAGUGGAGUAUUGGUGACGAUAGUAGUAUCAAAGUGAUGAAUGCGCCUUGGCUUCGAGAUGGAGAAAGGAAGUGCCUGACAAGACCUCAAAAGCAAGGUGUGUAUAAUAUUACCGUUAAUAAUCUCAUGCUAGAAAAUGUUAAACAAUGGAAUAUGAGAUUGUUACGUGAUAUGUUUGAUUAUACAACGAUUGAAGAAAUUAUUCAGGUCUCCUUAGUGGAAGAUGUAACGGAAGAUAGAUUGGUUUGGAAAGAGGAGGAGAAUGGUUGCUAUGGUGUGAGAUCGGGGUACCGUAUGUGGAGGAAUAUGUGGAGAAAAAGUCUUAAUACGGAUGUGCCGAUAAUUUGGAGUAACAUUUGGGGCAUUAAGGCUCCUUCUAGAGUUAAGCAUCUUUUAUGGGGAAUUUUUCACGGUUGUCUUCCAACUAGAGCUCGGCUUCGCCAACAACAUGUUCAGUUCCCGGAUGUAAAGUCGAUUUUUAUUGACAUUUGCGACAAAGAGGAUAGGAACAUUUCUGGUAGAGUUGUUGUGAUGAUGGAUGUUUUGUGGAAGAAUAGAAAUGAUUUUAUUUGGAACGAUGAGAAGGAGGUUGUGUCGAAGCUUGGUGGUUGGUGGGUUUCCACAAGUGGCAUGAAUGGUUUGAAGCGCAAAAGAAGGCAGGUGUUGAAUUCGGGAAGCAACACAAAAAUUUAUUAG